AAAUCCGUCAGAACAUGGUGGCCUCACGAACCGCAUCGCUUGCAGGCUCUCUCCUGCUCACUGCCGCCAACAUUCUGAUCCCGCUGUCGAUUCUCGUCUUUGGCACUGGCUUCUUCCCGUAUAAGCCGUUUCUCCCCGGACUGGCCGAGUUUGAGCCUCUCGAAUAUGGACCUCCGCCCAAGGCCCCCUUUGAUAGACUUGUAUUCAUGGUAGUUGAUGCCUUGCGGAGUCCGUAUAGCCUCAUUCGAGAUGGCGGCGCCGUUCCGUUCACCGCAAACGCUCGGUCUCCGACGGUGACGAUGCCUAGAAUCAAGGCCAUCACCACUGGAUCCAUCCCCUCCUUUGUCGACCUGAUUCUCAACUUUGACGAAGCCGACACCUCUUCCACGUUGGCCGCCCAAGACACCUGGUUGUCCCAGCUCAAGGCCAAAGACACGGGCAAGCUGCUCAUGUACGGCGAUGAUACGUGGCUCAAGCUGUUCCCCGAGACGUUUGACCGGCACGACGGGACCUCUAGCUUCUUCGUCGCAGACUUUACAGAGGUGGACAACAACGUGACCCGGCACAUUCAUCAUGAGCUCGAAAGGGACGACUGGAGCUUAAUGGUUCUCCAUUACCUUGGCCUCGAUCACAUUGGCCACAAAUCGGGACCCCGAAGCGCGCACAUGCCAGCCAAGCAGCGUGAAAUGGAUGGCAUCAUCCACCAGCUGUAUGAAGCGCUAGAAACCAAGAGCCACCUGCAGUCAACGCUGCUUGUGCUCUGCGGUGAUCACGGCAUGAACGAUGCAGGGAACCACGGGGCGUCAUCCCCUGGAGAAACGUCGCCCGCCUUGGUCUUCCUGGCGCCCAAGCUCAAGGAGAUAUCGUCCGGAUACGCAGCCCCUGAGCGGCCCAAGAGCGAGUAUGACUACUAUUCCAUGGUUGAGCAGUCUGAUAUCUCGCCCACUCUCGCCGCGCUUUUGGGGUUUCCCAUUUCAAAGAACAACCUGGGCGCCUUUAUUCCGGAAUUCCUGCCCUUUUGGCCCAGCUCGAGCGACAAGGUGCAGAUUCUCAUCCGCAACGCUAGACAGAUUCUCAACGUCGUCACGGCGGCAUUUGGAGGCGAGCUCUUUGACGCGCGGGCUGCCACCGACCCGUGCGCUUCCAUGGCCACGGACGUUGAUGAGUUGGCCUGCGAAUGGCGGAGCAUCAGUUUGGACGCGGCCUCACAGGCCGAUGCUGCAGUCGUUGACCAGGCGUGGCUGUCAGCGACGUCUGCAUGGAUCCGCAAGGCCCAGGACCUGAUGAGCAGCAUGGCAUCCAACUAUGACUUGUCGAGACUGGCUCUCGGCCAGGCUUUGGCUGUCGCUGCCGUCGCUGCGAGUCUUGUCGUCUUGGGCUUGCAAGGCUUCCAGCAGGCAGGUUUUCCCUUGCCGCUGUUUAUGCUUGCGGCGUCCUACGGGCCAAUGAUGUUUGCCAGCAGCUACGUGGAAGAGGAGCAUCACUUUUGGUACUGGACAUGCACUCUAUGGCUGGCUUACCUCGGUAUUCGAGAGGUUGCAAAAUCCUCGCGCCUCUCCUCGAUAGCAAGUCAUGUAGCGUCCUUGGCUGCCCUCAGACUCAUCCGAAGCUGGAACCAGACCGGCCAAAAGUAUGCUGGCGAGCCGGACACUGUCAAAACUUUCCUCAUCCCCCAUCCCGAGCUCCUCUGGGCCCUCAUCACCUUGGCGUACGUCGUGGUGAAUUUCCAGACGCUCCAGAGCCUGUCUGGUAUGCCUUACGUCCUGGCUACUUCAUUGCUGCCAGCUCUCUUCUUGGCGACAUUUACCUUUAAGCUGGCGUUUACUGCCGAGGAUGCUCCCGAGCUGGUUGUGGGAUUUGCUCGCAGCCUACUGGACAUUUUCCAGGGCCCGACCCUCAUCCUGCGAGCAAGGAUCGUCUUUGGGCUGCUCGCAGCCUUGAUGGGAUUCGCCGUAUACCGAGCAAAGUCUGGAGGGCCUCGAGCCGCUCAAUCAUCCGCCGAGCUCUCCCACCAUCUAUGCACCCUCCUCGCCAUGACCCAGUCCCGCGCCACCAACAUCCCCCUGUUCCUCCUCUCCAGCAUCAUCCUGCAGGCCCUCCAAUCCGCCAACCUCUCCGUCGCCGAAAUCACCACGUCCUCCAUCAUGCUCCAGCACACGACCUUCUUCGCCUUCGGGGGCUCCAACGCAAUCUCCUCCGUCGACCUCUCCAGCGCGUACAACGGCAUCAGCGGCUUCAACGUCGUCGCCGUCGGCGUCCUGACCCUCGUCAGCAACUGGGCCGGCCCCCUCUUCUGGACGUCGGCGACGAAUCUGCUUCUCCUGCAGAACCGCCACCAGAACCAGCGACAGCCACAGCACACGACGACGGCGACCAUGACCAAGGCGUACCGCAGCCACGUCGUCCUGCUCACCGUCUUCGCGUCGACGAGCGUGGCGUUUGUCAUGGCGGCGUGCACGGCGCUGAGGACGCACUUGUUCAUCUGGACCGUGUUUUCGCCCAAGUACCUGUACGCCAUGGCGUGGAGUCUGGGGCAGCAUUUGUUGGUCAAUGUUGCCUUUGGGGGCUUUUUGUUUUGGCUGGGUGCAUGA